AUGAGCAUGGGAGGCAGGUUGAUCGAGCUAAACGAGAGACCGCCACACCGCUCGAUACUUUCGUCCUUUGCUCAUCUUCCUCGACCACAUUACGCAGACGGAUCACGGGAUAUGCAUGAUGAAGGCGAAGCUCUUGUGAGUUCCGCCGAACGAUUGGAUCUGAAUGAUGAAAAAGCCCAUCCUCUGCUUCGCCCAGACCAUAAAGACUUACCCGAAGACCCCUUUAUGUCUGCCGAUUUUCGCCACGAUGUCUACGUAUCCUCAUGUAUAUUGAAAGAUACACGGGAACUGCGCCGACUUUUCGAAAAGUAUCCAGAGGCCGAUUUCGUUUCGCAAUCUGAUGACGAAGGCAAUAACGGCGUUCUACUUGCUGCCACCGAAGAGAAUGGUGCCGCGACUGUACAAUGGCUCCACGAGCGAGGUGCAACCAUCGACCAGGCCAAUCAUUACGGCAGGACACCACUUAUGGAAGCUGCCCUCUGGAGACGCCUCGAGACUGUGCGGUACCUUACUGCCCAAGGGGUAAAUGUGCAAACCCGCGACGCGAAUGGUAUGUCUGCCCUGGAUAUAUCUCUGAACUCGGCGCGCAAUACAGAGAAGCUACCGAUGCGGAUCGACAACGUGCCAGAGUCGAAAGCCAUUUGA